AAGUGAUAAAACUUGAAAAUCACGAUUAAAGGUAUAAAUUUAAUCGAGAUGAAAACCGAAAGAAAUGAUAACCAACGGGAGUUUAAAGCCUUCUCCUAUAGAUGCACUGGGUCGGCUGUUAUCAUUCCGCUCCGUGUUACUGCCUGGCCACAGCGUUUUAUGUAAUUACGUGUUUUUAUUUCCUUCAUCAAGCCGAGUCGAGUCCGCCGCAAUUUAUCUAAACAGUGCUUUUGCUUACCUCCUAUAGACAAGCAAUGACAUUGUGCAACAGGUGUAUUUAAACCUCUAAGCUGUUUUCAACGGCCCAUGAGGAGGUGAUGAUAUAAUGACACCGUCACUUAGCAGUUGACAUUCAGGUGGAAAGAGAUCUUCCGAUGAUGGCAAAAUUGGAAAUUAAGAGCAAAUUUGACGCCGAGUUCCGUCGUAUCUCGUUACCCAAAACAGACGUUGGCACUUACGAACAAUUUAGAACUCUCAUUGAACGUCUACACAAGUUGAUUGAGGUGCCAUUUGUGCUGUCAUACACGGACCCUAAAGAUGGAGAUCUAUUACCAAUCAACAAUGAUGAUAAUCUAGGACGAGCGGUUUUAACAGCUAAACCAUUGCUAAGGAUAAUUGUGCAACGUAAAGGUGAAAGUCUUGAAGAAUUGAACGGAUAUGGUACAUAUAGGCCUCGUAAUAUAAUAUCAUCAAUUUUAGGCGGUACUCCUAGCAAAGUAAAACAUCUUUGGAUAUCAAACCCUCAGGAUUUUCGACAGGUGUCCGCAAUUAUAGAUGUAGACGUAGUUCCCGAUACAUGUCGGCGAGUUCGGCUACUUAAACAUGGUUCAGAACGGCCAUUAGGUUUCUAUAUUAGAGAUGGCACAAGUGUGCGAGUUAGUCCUUCUGGUGUGGAAAAAGUCCCUGGUAUUUUCAUUUCCAGAUUAGUUCCAGGAGGGUUGGCAGAAAGUACUGGACUUUUAGCUGUCAAUGAUGAAGUCUUGGAAGUAAAUGGUAUUGAAGUGGUCGGUAAAACUUUGGACCAGGUAACAGAUAUGAUGGUAGCCAAUAGUCAUAACCUGAUUGUUACUGUAAAACCUGCUAAUCAGCGAACCACAAUGUCAGCACCCCGACGAGGUUCUUUAUCAAGAACGUCGCAGUUAUCUAGUGGAUCACAACAAUCAGCGCAUAGUGCUGCUACCACAGUUAAUACAUCUGAAGAAGAUGACCAAGAUGAAGUGGUAGAUUUAACAGCAGGUUUAGCUUUACAAGUAGCUAAUGAAUCUACUAGUACUACAGACCAAUAGGCAUAAAAGGUACUUGUCACUUUUUCUCAAGACAUUAAUUAUGUGUCUAAAAAAGAAAUGAGCUUAUACUGUAUUAUUGUUAAGUUAAUAGGACAUCAGCAUUCCAAAAAUAUUAAAUUAUAAAUAUUUAGUUUUAUUUUUGAUGUUAGAUCAUUUGUCUUCCACUUCAUGUUUUCAAAUGUUUAAUAAUUGUAGUUUAGUAUGUAUGUUUUAUAAAAUAGUUAAACUCAAAAAUUAAUACUAACAUUACAACAAAGCGACACUUAAUUUAAUACACUACACUUUGAUAUUCAGAUUCUACAAUCUAAAAUAUUUCAUUAUCCAAAUAAUAUUAAAAAAAAAUUUUCCUCGUGAAUGUUCGGUUAUGCUGACAAUUUAAAACAGAACAUUUUAAUUAAUUUUUUUCUAGAUAAUUACCUAUUUUAUUAAAAAAAAUUGUUACACUUCUAUUGACAAUAGUAUUAGAAUACUCUUGUUCCGUACAUUUUUUCAUUUCCUUCUGAUCUCAAAAAAAUAAAAAAAUAUCUGGUUAUAACCUUAACAUUCCAAUAUCACCCAAAUAUGUAGACUGAAAAUAGACAAAUUCCCUUUUAGUAAAUAUAUUUUUUUAUCUAUUAUUUCUGAUUUAAUAUUAUGAUUAUUUCUUUAAAAAAAAAAAAUUAUUUAUUUUGUCGAUAUAUGUACAUUUAGUGACUGGUUUUGUGAUAUUAUUACACACUAUUUUAUAAUUACUCACAUUUUCUCAACAAUUUAGUAUAUUUAAUAUACUUGAAAUCCAUCACCUAUAUAGUUUUUUGUAAAAUUGAUUCAAAUUAACAAUUUAAAAUAAUUAUUUUCAAAUAAGUAAAGUUUGCAAACAAAUAUCCGUCCAUUAUAGGUAUAUAUUCAGUUUAACUUAACAAACAUACUUGGUGACAAACGAUUUAUGUUUGGUAAUGGUCGAGCAACACCUUGACCAUUUUUUACUCGCACCAAUUCAUAAGUCGGUUAGUUAUAAGUCGGCCGCACCAUACGUUUUUUAAGUUGAACAGAGUAUAGAUGUAUCUUUAUUUUUUUAAAUGUUAAAUGUACUUCCUGUAUACGUCAUUUUUAUGUUGAUCAUCAUUAUUACUUAGUAUUAUCAUCAUUAUUAUUAUUGUCAUCAUUAUUAUUAUUAUUGCUAUUAUUAUUGGAAUUAUAAAUAUAUCAUGUUAAUGUCCAAAGGAAUUGAUAAACAAUCACACUUAUAAAAAUUAUCAAAUAAUUUUAUAUUUGUAAUCACUGUUACUGUUUUAUUCUUUGUAUUUAAUGUUAAUAGUUUAGUCUAAUAUUUAUUUUUAUUUACUAGAAAAAUAAACAAAUGAGUAUUAACAUUUGUUUAAUCAAUGUUUAAUCAAACAUUGUUGAAAAAUAAGUAUACUAUAUAGAUAAAAUGUAUUUUGAGAAUAUGAAUUUGUUUGAAAAAGCAUACUAAAUGUACAAAUAUAUAUUUGUAUAAUGAUAAUUAUUCAAUUAAUAAUGUUUAUUAAAAAUAAACAGAUGUGAAAAUUUUAAAAAUAAUACAAUAUAAUUUGUUUUUUACGAGCUAUAUACCUACCUGAUACAAAUAAUUAUUAAUUUAAUUAAUUGAUACUAAAAUACUUAACUAGUUAUACCUACACAUUCAUAUAUCAUAUCAAAAUCUUACAAUAUUUAUUAAAAACUUUUUUGAAUAAGUAAUAUUAAAACAUAAUAUUGCCAACUAUAUAUAUGUUAAAAAUCAAUGAAUCAAUAUAAUCCAUUCAAUUAUUUGUUAUAUUAUUAUUAUAGAUGAACAUAAAAUUCUAUUAAUUUACAAUGUAAAAAAAAAUUAUAAGUAAAAUUAUUAUUUUUUGAUAGACUUAACGAAAUUCAUAAAUAAUUGUUAACAAGAUUUUUAAUUAUUAAAGUUCCUUAAAACAGUAUAGCAAAAAUUAUUUCAAUAUUAAGCACUUAUAUUAUUUUCAUUAAUUUUACUGGCAUAAUUAUAACUGUAACAAUAUCAUAUCGGUAUAUUUGUAAAUUUAAUAAUUAUAACUAACAAACUCAUUUGUUUAAAACAUAUUUCAAUAUAAAUAACAUGUUUGAGUUAUUUUUUAUACAACUAAAUUAAUAAUAUAUUGAUUAGUACUCAUAGAAAUUUAAUAUCUAUACAGUUUGUAUUUUAACAAUUGUAUUUUAUUACUCCAUAUAUUAAUCAAAAUGUUAUAUUUUAACUUUUAUCUUAAAGUGCAAAUUAAUUUUACUAUCUUUACUGCUAUUUAUAACAAAUACAAUAAUAUUUCAAUAUUAUCGUAUAGUUUUAUUUGUAAUGCCUGUACUUAAUUUUAAGUGAAAGUUCAUAUUUGUUUUAUCAUAAAAGAUGAAAAAUACAAAAUUUAAGAGGAAUAAUGUAAUGUGUGCAAUAGUAUUUUUUUUUCAACUUGACCUGUAUUUAAAUUAUUAUAUUAGUAAUAUAAUUUUGUAUUUACUUGGUAUAUAUUAUAAAUCUGUAUAAAACAUUAUUUUAUAUUAUUGGUAUACAAAUAUUUAUAUUUUUCUAACUGUAAUAAGUAUUUAAUUUGUAUUACCAAAUUCAUGUAUUAUGUGUAUUAUUAUUUAUUUUUAUUAAUUAAUUAUUGAAUAUUAUCGAUGUUCUUAUUAUUGUAUUAUGAUUUUUGAUUUAUUAUAAUUUUUGGAGCGUUUGUUGCCCAAUAUUCUUACA